UCGGUCAAUUCUUGAUCUCCACGAAUAGAUAACAAAGAGAAAGAGAUUUAAGAAUAGAAAGAACAAGUAAAAUUCACGUUCAUCUGUCUCUGGUUAAACCUAUUUCUGCAAUUUAGUCAAAGACAAGAAGAAAACAAGAAUGGCAGAAACAACAGAGCAGGUGAACGAGGAGAUUCCGACAACAACCCAUGAUCAGGAAGAGAUCGAAGAAAUGAAUGAUGAUGAUGAUAAUAAUGAUAGGGCAUCAUCCUUAAUGGUGGGUUUAAAUCUUGUUUUAAUUUUGUCGGUUCUUUCUCUACCGGAAGAAGAAUUUGUUGAAUUUGUUGAAUUAGAAGAUGAGAAAGAAACCGAGCAAGAAGAAAACAUGAGGAUUAAUACAAAGGAGUUAAAAAAAACAUCGCAGAGACAUGAUCAUCAUCAUCAUCCUAUGCAUGAAUUAAGAACAGAGAGGUUUCAUACCAAGAUCAGAGAUUGUAGGCACAGUAGAAGGAUGUAAGAUUCAUAGAAACUAUCCAAGAGAGUUAUUAUUCAUCCCUUUAUUAACAUUUGGGAGGAUGUAUAUUUUGGUUUUAGUUUGUAAUGAGUUUGAAGGAUAUUUCAAAUAGAUCAUAUAUAAAAAAUGUAUGUAAAUUAAUAUCAUGUAUAGAAAGAAAAACAAUCUUGGGUUGGUGUUGUCAUUUUUUUCUC